UACGCCCCAAUGAAGAUGAUUAGUGUGCCUUUGAUGACCUUGAUGACGAACUAGUACUGUGACCUGCAAGACAUUUGUCGUUGAAGGCAAGGCGCUGCACGUGGUAGCUUGCUUACCUGUGUAUCUCGCCUUUUGAGCGCCACUUGGGGCUAAUAGUCCUGCCAUGUGCGUAAAUUGGCAAAUGCUUAGAGGAGCUUCAUUGGAUCCGGCACUUGCCUUCCUACUGGCAUACACACACUCUCUCUCUGUUCACCAUUCAGUCCCUGCAACCUCAACUGUACGCCUACUUUGAAAGAAUGUCGCGACGAGGCUUUGUUUCGAUAAGCUUAUUCAGGAUUUACGGCGAAUUCCGUCAAUAGUUUUACUCGUAAGCAUCAGGCUACUUCAUGGCGCACUGUUGGUCAACCGGAGUGUUUCCUCGUGUUGGUCCAGUAGAAUAUGGUGUGAAGUACACUGUCCACUCAAUACGCUCUGCCAAGACGUACUUCCCCUGCAGCUCUAUGAACUGCCGAAACUCUGGUUCAUGCACAUCAUCAUACCCAUUACCAGCGUUAAGCAUCAGCCCUAGUGAUUGAGCCAGGCAGCCAGCAUGGCAUUUCCUCGCUCCACAAUCCGAUUCGAGCUGAUUUCAGCCACUAAUCUCCCACACGAUCCUGGCACAUGGCAAAGUCUCAAUGCAGAAGUGUUCUAGCAAUCCAACGCCCACCAACACCGUAGGCUGAGGCCUAGGAGAGCGCCACAGCAGAGGUCGACUCACCAUCACGCAGACCAUGUACUUGGUAUCGCCGUACCGGUGACCAGGUCGUCAGAAGAACACAAUGUCUGACUUAUUUUUGGACGAAUACGGAUAGUGCCCUUGCUCAAGGAUUUAUUCGGGUUUCACUUUUCACUGAAGUGUUCCUCCGAGUGUGUGUGGCAGUAUGAAGGCAAGUGCCGGGUCCAACGAAGCUCCUCUAAGCAUUUGCCAAUUUACGCUCCGCACUCGCUAUUUUUUCCUCGCGGGGUUGACUUCUUUGGAAGGACUCAUGACCAUGAUUUAGACCCCUUGUAGCUGAAUACGAAGACGUCUAAGCUGAUUCCUGACUAACGAGACACCAUUACGUAUAUUCAGUUCUAGGUGUGAAGAGGCUAUGCACGGUGAGCUCAUCUAGUAGAGAAAAAAGAUAUAUAUAUGAGCUACGGCUCACGCGUAGUAUCAAGUUACAUCAAGACAUUCUUUUAGUUCGAACAUGUUCUCCAAGAUGGGACUUCUAAACCAGGCCUCGCUUUUGGUUCUUGCUCAUUCCGCUCUCUAUUCUCUUGUAUCUGGUGUUUCCUUGCCCCAGAGAGGUCUGCAAACCAGACAGGCCUCCCCUGGAUUCACCUGCCAUCUUCCGGAUGGAUUCGAGUGGUGCAAUACGGAAGAUAACAGGGCAUGCUGGAUGAGGAACAAUGCCACUGGACAAGUCUUUGAUAUCAACACUGACUACGAGGACUUUGCUCCUGAGGGCAUUGAGCGACCUUACUGGCUUGAAAUCACAGAGGGCGAUAUAUCUCCAGAUGGAAUGGAAAGAAAGGCCGCACAGCUCAUCAAUGGAACCUAUCCAGGUCCUACACUAGAAGCUUGCUGGGGUGACACUAUCGUGGUUCAUGUUACCAACAGACUAUUUAGCAACGGCUCAACAAUCCAUUGGCAUGGAAUGCGAAUGUUGAACGAGAACAAAAUGGAUGGUGUAAACGGAGUCACGCAAUGUCCCAUUGCAGAAAAUGAAACUUUCGAGUACCGCUUUAAACUACGGCAAUACGGUCAUACCUGGUAUCACUCCCAUUAUUCUUCUCAGUACACUGACGGUGUUGCCGCACCUCUUCUCAUUCACGGGCCGCACACCAGUGAAUGGAAUGUCGAAUGGUCGCCUAUCAUCAUUGCGGACUGGUAUCAUGAUACUUCUUACAAACUUCUUCCGACAGCUCUGGCUCGGCCAAUUCAGAUCGACUCUAUUCUCGUCAAUGGUACUGGACGAUACAAUAUCAACAAUACUGGAAACUACUAUGAGCGAUCGUUCGAGCCUGGCGCUAAGCAUCUGAUUCGCCUCAUCAACGGCGGUACAGACUUCCACUUCCACUUCUCCAUCGACAACCAUGUGCUCAAAGUUGUUUCCGCCGAUCUUGUUCCAAUUGAACCUUUCUGGACGAACAGUCUCUCGGUUGGUAUCGGGCAACGCUACAGUGUUAUUGUCGAAGCCAACCAGACGGUUGCCGAGAACGGAGCAUACUGGAUGCGAGCAGAAUACACCAAUCAAUUCGGCUGCAACGCACUAUCUCAUGACGCCUUUCCUGUCAACGACCCAGACUCACAGCGUGUUGGUAUUAUCAGAUACGGAUCUAGUUCUACUGGUCUACCUACCACUUCGCGAUGGACCGACCCCAUCGGCUGCACUGACCCCGAAUAUGAUCCUCAUGUCAAGUGGAACGUGACGCAGCCACAAAACAACUUGGUCACAAACACGUACUUUGCUGGCCUUGGCGAAGUCGCCCAUGGAUUCUUGCGCUGGGAGGUAGCAGACAAGCCUCUGUGGUUGAACUUCUCCGAGCCGACGCUGAAGAACCUUGACAACACUACAUGGAACCCCGAAUACGAUAUACAGCCUGCGGACUACGCCAACACGGAAGGCUUCGCGUAUCUGAUCAUCAACUCCAGAGGUACAGCUGUAAACGGGACUCACCCCAUUCAUUUACAUGGUCACGACUUUGCCAUUCUCUCUUCAGGCGCCGACUAUAUCGAUCCCGAAAACCCUCCGCAGUUCAACCUAGACAACCCACGUCGACGAGAUGUUGCUAUGCUUCCUGACGGGGGACAUCUUGUAAUUGCGUUCAAGACAGAUAAUCCGGGAGCAUGGCUUCUUCAUUGCCAUAUCGCCUGGCACGCGGCAUCAGGUCUCGCUCUCCAGAUUCUGGAGAACCAGGACAAGAUUGUCGACGCGAUUGGUUCACUGGAUGCAAUGAACCAAGGCUGUCAGAAAUGGGAUGAUUGGCUGAUUGCGCAUCCCGAUCGCUUUAACUACGGCAUGCAAGAGGAUUCUGGCAUCUAG